AUGCCUGAUCAAACGGUUGGGAAUAAUUGUCAUCUAAGAAACCAUUCUGAUAUUAUUGACUACAAUGUUACGGGUGAUGACAAACAAAGUGUUAAUAAUCCAAUUAGAGAUGACAUAUCCAUCAGCCUAUCGGUCACAUCAUUAAGAACCGAGUCUUCGGACACUACUAAAGAGAGCAAUGAAUCGACAUUUUGUCGGAUAUGUCAUCAGAACGAGAACCCAGACAUUGGGAACUCAGAGAUGAUAUCUCCCUGCAAUUGUAUGGGAAGUAUGGCUAACGUUCAUCACCAAUGUCUGCAAAGGUGGGCAUCCGUCGCCUCCACUAGUUGUUGUGAUAUCUGUGGUUUCACUUAUAGUUCUCAUAAAACUUAUCCCACAUUUUUCAAAUAUAUGAGAGCCGUGAUUUCGAGCAGAGAGUUUACCGUAGAGUUGGUGAUCACAACACUGAUGGUGAUCUCAACACCACUCAUAAUUAUGGCCACAAUAUUGUCAUCACUCGUCAACUAUUCGGAUCAGCACUCAAUGAAAGCUCUGGUCUAUAGUCUUUGGGCCAUAACUAUAUUCUCAUGGGUUCUCUACUCCAUUAUGUUGUUGUGCACCAUCAGGUACAUUAAUAAAUCAUUUCAUGAAUGGCGAGAGAAGAAUAUAAGCAUUGAAUUGGUUUUGAAUACAAGCGAUGAUAAUGCGGUCCCA